AUGGAGAAAUUGUUCGUUCUACCUACCUCUGUCCUGGCUUCCUUAAUUGGCUGGUUUUGGUUCUUAAAAGGUACAGCCAGUGUGGCCCGGGCCUGGAGCUCAGCUUUUGACAACCUGAUUGGGAACCACAUCUCUCAGACCCUGCAGGGGAGCAUCUCACUGCAUGUUCCCCGUGUCCUCGCAGAAUAUCCAGAUUUUUUUGCUAUGGGCCUUGUGUUGUUGCUCACUGGAUUGCUGGCUCUGGGGGCUAGUGAGUCAGCCCUAGUUACCAAGGUGUUCACGGUGGUGAAUCUUUUGGUUCUUGGUUUUGUCAUCAUCUCUGGCUUCGUUAAGGGAGAUCUGCACAAUUGGAAGCUCACAGAAGAGGACUACAGACUGGCCGUGGCCGGACUCAAUGACACUUCUAGCUUGGGCCCUCUGGGCUCUGGAGGGUUUGUGCCUUUUGGCUUCGAGGGGAUUCUCCGUGGAGCAGCGACCUGUUUCUACGCAUUCGUUGGUUUUGACUGUAUUGCUACCACUGGGGAAGAGGCCCAGAAUCCUCAGCGUUCCAUCCCCACAGGCAUUGUGAUUUCACUCUUCGUCUGUUUUUUGGCCUAUUUUGGGAUCUCUUCGGCGCUCACGCUCAUGAUGCCUUACUACCAGCUUCAACCCAAGAGUCCCUUGCCUGAGGCCUUUCUCUAUACUGGGUGGGCCCCAGCCCGCUAUGUUGUAGCCAUUGGAUCCCUCUGUGCUCUCUCUACCAGCCUCUUGGGCUCUAUGUUCCCCAUGCCUCGAGUGAUCUAUGCGAUGGCAGAGGAUGGCCUCCUGUUUCGUGGCCUUGCCCGGAUCCACACCAGCACACACACUCCCAUCGUGGCCACUGUGGUCUCUGGCAUUAUUGCAGCAUUCAUGGCAUUCCUCUUUGAACUCACUGAUCUGGUGGACCUCAUGUCAAUUGGGACCCUGCUUGCUUAUUCCCUGGUGGCUAUUUGUGUUCUUAUCCUCAGGUAUCAGCCUGACCGGGAGAUGAGGAAUGAGGAAGAUGAAGUGGAGUUGCAGGAGGAGAAGAUCCCUGAAGCAGAGAAACUGACCCUACAGGGACUAUUUUGUCCACUCAACUCCAUCCCCACUCCAGUCUCUGGCCAAGUUGUCUAUGUUUGUUCCUCACUGCUUGCUCUGCUGCUGAGUGUCCUUUGCCUAGUACUGGCCCAGUGGUCCAUUCCACUGCUUUCUGGAGACCCAGUGUGGGUUGCAGUGGUUGUGCUGCUCCUGAUGCUCAUUACUGGGAUCACUGGAGUCAUCUGGAGACAGCCACAGAGCUCUGCUGAACUUCACUUUAAGGUACCUGCUUUGCCCUUUCUUCCACUAAUGAGCAUCUUUGUGAAUAUUUACCUUAUGAUGCAGAUGACAGCUGGCACCUGGGCCCGAUUUGGGGUCUGGAUGCUGAUUGGAUUUGCUAUCUACUUCGGCUAUGGGAUGCGGCACAGCCUGGAAGAGGUUAAGAGUGACCAACCCUCACUCAAGUCUAGGGCCAGAACUGUAGAUUUGGACCUCAGCAGUGCCUGUGUGCAUUCGAUUUGACAUCAUCACACCUGAAUGCUGUCUGGUCUCCCUGCACAAUAAUGGAGUGUACUCCUGACCACACUGAGCUAGGCUUCCCAUGGGAUGUUGGUGGGGGAACACAGAUAGAGCUCUGUAUUUAUUGUGGAGUCAAGGAUGUGUCUGCUGUUUCUCAUCUUUUUUUUUUUUUAUUCGUUUACUUUUUAAUUGUAUCUGUAGUUGCUUAACCAGCUUUUAAAAAAUUAUUAUUAAAAGAAACUAGAAAAAGAA